AUGAAGUAUCUGGGCCUCAUCCUGGACGGUCGAUGGAGCUUCGGGCAGCAUUUUGUCCAUCUCGGCCCGAGGCUCAUCAACGCCGCCGCCGCUCUCGGCCGCCUCCUUCCGAAUGUGGGAGGACCGGGAUCGCUAUGCCGGCGUCUUUAUUCCGGCGUAGUGAGGUCGAUGGCGCUGUACGGUGCUCCGAUCUGGGUUGACGCCCUCACCGCUCACAAUCGGGCCCUGCUGCGGAAGCCGCAGAGGGUCAUAGCGGUGAGAGGCAUCAGAGGGUACCGUACGGUGUCAUGGACUGCGGCGACACUUCUCGCGGGCGAUCCUCCCUGGGAGCUCCAGGCGGAGGUGCUCGCGGAGCGUAUCUAUAACACCGCUGGUGUGAAGAUAUCUAAAAGGCAUUCUACAGACUAUGAUGCAGAAAUCUUCUCUCCAAGUUGCCAACAUCACCUCAGCUUUGCACCUGGAUUGCCAGUUUCCUAA